GUUGUACAGUCCGCCCAUCCGCAUCGUCGACCGCAAGCUAGAGCCAAGGCCUUUCUUUUCUUUGCAUUCGGAAGGAGCGCAUCGUUCGUCAUGGCAGCGGCUACUGAUGGAUAUCGAGGUGCCGGCUACGAUUGGCGUCCACGACACUCUUCCCCAGACACCGUUUCUCCGCUCUACCCAGACCGCCCCAUCCGACCCCUCCCCAAGCGCCGUUUGCGCGCCCGUUUGUCCCCCGAACAGGCCGAAUCCAUGACCUACCCCAGCCCGCCCGUGAGCUCGCCGCCCGUCUUCGAUUUUCCCUACACCCACUCCGACAAGGCUUCCGGUGUCCCGACGCGCCAACAGCGCAGUGAACGCGAACACAAGUGCAGCUGCGGCGCCGAUCACUCGGAUCCCGAGAGCGAGGAGGAAGAGGACGAGCGACUUGCGGCGGGCGGUGCCACCACCACCAGCGCCUCGAGGCCGAUGCCGCCCGGCUCCACUUCAUCAGCAGACGGUUACGAAUCUUUUGAGAACACGAACAACAAGAAGAAGCGGAAGAUACCCGUGUCGGGCAGCGCUGGCCACCACGGCAACCUGACGGCGGAGAUGGCGAGCAUGGGCAUUUCCACCCACGGUGGCCACCCCGCGCAAGACGACGGCGAGAGCAACGUCGGCCAAUACUACGGAAGCGGAUCGUCCGCGGCGCCGGCCCCGGGCUCGGGCACGGGCAUCUCGGGGGCGGGCAGAGGACGGUAUGGCAGCAGACCAAUGGCGAGAUGCUCGGGCGAGCGGCGUCCCUUGGGCGCUUCCACGGCCGGUCUGAAUGCCUACGCUAACGGCAAUACUAGCAGAGCACGCGCGAACGGGACGAAUGGCAAAGCUUCGAACGCGCAAGAUCACGGCAUCAUCUCAGCCGCCAUAGCUAACGCCCACGCGGCCAGCAACGCGUCGCCGACGGCGGGCAAGGAGAAUGUCAGCCUGCUGCAGCAAGAAGCGGCCAAAACAACGCCGCAGAAGACGCAAUUUACGUUCACUUGCGACUCGCCCAACCAGAUCAACUGGCCGAGUCAGAACGGACCUUACCCGGGGGGCACGGAUCCUCGUGCGCCUCCGUCGGCGCCUUCUGCAGGCCCACCGUCAACAUCGCGAAUACCUCUUCCAUCACAGUCUUCGCGUGCUGUCGCCACCCACGCCACCCAGACCAGUCCUCAGAUGAACGGCACUCCUCAACCCAACGUCGCCGGACAACAACCCGCUCCUCCCGUCAUUGCCAACGGGCAGCCUCCUCCACCAGGUGGCGCACAACAACAAGCCCCGCCGAAGAAGCCACGCCGUCGCCCUUCGCGGACCUACACUAUCGCGGCGCGUCGCCGCCGCCUGCAGCAGGAGUACACGAACUACCACUCGCCGCCCGCGCGCGAAGACAUCUGGAUAUGCGAGUUCUGCGAAUACGAGGAUAUCUUUGGAGAGCCGCCAUUGGCUUUGAUCCGGCAAUACGAGAUCAAGGACCGGCAGGAGCGGAAGCGCAUGGAGGAGAAGAAGCGCCUUCUCGAGAAGGCUAAGAUGAAGGGACGCAAGGGCAAGAAGGCAGCGGUCAAGGGCGCAGGCAAGGGCGCGGCGGCGGCCAACAACCAUCACAAUCAACAGCAUGGUCACGUCGAGGGUGACCAGCACUACGACCAGGGCAGCUUCGACCACGGCACAGGCCAAGAAGAAGAAUACUUCGAGGACGACUACGACGAUCCCACCGCGCCUCCCGCUUCGCAGGAUGAGGAGCACGGCGACGGCCAUAUACCCUCGCCUGCGCCCUCUGAGCCACCGGAUACAACACCACAUGACCACGGCGAUCCGGCUGGCGUGUUGAGGGACGGCGGAGCUGUGCGGGACGAUCCCGACGCGCCGCCAGCCGUUGCCGACACGGGUGCUUGAUGGCUCGAGGAGGCGGGGUGGGCCGCCUUCUGCUUCUUCUGCUUCUUCUCCUUCUACUGCUGCUUUGGCUUUGCGGACUUGCUGCUUUUGACGCCAGAGACGCUGCUAGCGCUGCUGUUCCUCUGGUUUUGGUCACGAUGACGAUGCCGUUUGGUCGGCUUGUCUCGGUAACCGCAAGCCGUGGCUGUCCCUCUUCUUUGCUGCACCAUUGCUCUUGCGCUUGGUUUUAGUAGUUACUAGUAGUAGUAGUUUUUUGGUCUGUAUUUUUUUUUUCUUUUUUUUUUUUUUUUUUUUUUUCUUUU